AUGGCGAACAUGUCUAAAGUUUACUGCGAGAAAAUAGAUCUCAAAAAUCUAGACCUUAAGAAGGUUUAUACCUUCGAAGAGUUCGAGUACAUAAACGACCAACUUAAGACUCGCACUAUACAACUUAACGGAAAACCAUUUUGCAACUGGAACUUCGAAACCCAUCAAAAUGGAGGCGUUACCUCUUCGCAAGGUGGCUUUGAUUUUAAUGUCGGGGGACAGAGAACAAUUCGAGCACCCGACGUUUCUUUCACUCCAAAACAAACAGACCGCGGUUUGAACGCACUACAAAAUUGGACCUUCCAAGGUCAACCCUUCACCCCAAUAUUUGUUGUUGAGGUUGAUUUUAUUGAAAGUGAAGCACAAUUCCAAGUAUUUGACGAUAGAUUCAGAAAUGAAAUUUUUGCACAGGGAACAUCUGUGGAGUUAGGAUUUCUAGUUAGCAUCGGCCAAGAUAAUAACGGCCAACUGGCGGGAACUAUCCAUUCGUGGAGAUGGUACGAAAAUAGUAAUGCUGUACGUCAUUAUGAACAUGGAUGGCGAAAUAUGGAUACCAGGGUCGGCGGUCGAGAAAUUCUUCCAGGCUUCGAAUUGAAUGUUAGGAUGAUUGAAGAAUCUAUUUCGCAACAAGAUUCAGGUUCAUCAUCGUCGGAUGAUGAUAAUACUAGCUUUUCUUGUCCUAAAUGUACGAAAACCUUUACUAAUAAUCACAGAUUUAUGAAGCAUUUUCAAAUGGAACAUGCACUUAAACGACGUACAUGAUCUUAAUGUUGCUAAUUUUUUAUGUGCAGUAAUUUGAUUAUGUAAUAUUCAUCUUGUAGAAAUUUCGCAUCAUCUAACAACAAUGCCAUUUCUAUUUUUCCAUGUAAUAAUAUACUGUAUUAAAUGCAGAUCAAUUAUAGUACACACAAAUUCAACUACUGCGCCCAGCGGUCAGAUUUUUCAUUUUGGUGUAUUAAAGUAUAAAUAAUAAAAAAAGGUUUGACCAGUGCCAGGGGAGCUAGGGUGAUACCUGUGAUACGAUAUACGUCAUGCCAUAAAUCGCAAUACCGCAUGUAAAUAUAGCCACUAUAUAAAUCCCCGAUAUG